CCCGCAGACUGGCUCAAACCGACGGAGUCCCGCACAGUCCGCCCCACGUCCCGCAGCCUGCAGCCCACCUGUCAGCCCGGUAUGUCGGCCGUGUGCGCGCCCAGCAUCCGCCGCCUCCUCCAGGUCGUCUCCCCCGGGGUGACCGCCGCCAUGCUCCGCAGCUACAGCCUGGACGUGUCCGCUCCGCUGCUCCGGACGCAGGGCUACGUGGACGGCCGCUGGGUGUCCGCAGCCUCGGUGUUCCCCGUCCUUGACCCGGCCACCGGGCAGGAGAUCGCCCGGGUGGCGGACUGCGGCGCGGCGGAGGCCAAGCAGGCGGUGGACGCCGCGUACAAGGCGUUCCAGUCCUGGAAGCGCUCCACGGCCAAGGAGCGCAGCAUCCUGCUCAGGAAGUGGUUCGACCUGAUGACGCUGCACAGAGAAGACCUGGCCAAGCUGAUCACCUUCGAGUGUGGUAAACCCAUGAAGGAGUCUCUGGGUGAGAUCACCUACUCCGCCUCCUUCCUGGAGUGGUUCUCCGAGGAGGCCCGGCGGGUUUACGGAGACAUCGUCCCGUCUCCCCUCAGAGACCGAAAGAUCUUCCUCCUGAAGCAGCCGGUGGGCGUGGCCUCCAUCAUCACCCCGUGGAACUUCCCCAGCGCCAUGAUCACCAGGAAGGUGGGAGCCGCUCUGGCCGCCGGCUGCACGGUGGUGGUGAAACCGGCCGAGGACACGCCGCUGUCCGCGCUCGCUCUGGCAGAGCUGGCGGAGCAGGCCGGCAUCCCGGCGGGGGUCUUUAACGUCGUCCCCUGCUCCAGAGAGGAGACUCCGGCGGUGGGUCAGGUCCUCUGCACCGACCCCCUGGUGGCCAAAAUCUCCUUCACCGGCUCCACCGCCACCGGGAAGGUGUUGCUAAAAAUGGCCGCUGACACAGUGAAGAAGGUUUCCAUGGAGCUGGGAGGCCACGCCCCCUUUAUCGUGUUUGACAGUGCCGAUGUGGACCGGGCGGUCAGCGGAGCCAUGGCGUCCAAGUUCAGGAACUCUGGACAGACCUGCGUGUGCUCGAACCGCUUCCUGGUCCAGAGCGGGAUCUACGACCGCUUCGUGGAAAAACUGGGACGAGCGAUGGACGCCGAGCUCCGCAUGGGCCACGGCUCGGACCCCCAAACCACCCAGGGGCCGCUCAUCAACCAGCGCGCCGCAGACAAGGUUGAGCAGCAGGUGUCGGACGCCGUGUCCCGGGGAGCCUCGGUUCUGCGGGGCGGGAAGCGUCUCCACGGCUCCUUCAUGGAACCGACGCUGCUGGUGGACGUCAGCACCGACAUGCUGUGUACGAAGGAGGAGACGUUCGGCCCGCUGGUUCCCGUCAUCAGGUUCAACACCGAGAAAGAAGCUGUGGCCGUGGCGAACUCUGCUAACGUGGGGCUGGCAGGCUACUUCUUCUCUCAGGACGUGAAUCAGAUCUGGCGGGUUGCCGAGGACCUGGAGGUGGGGAUGGUCGGGGUCAACGAGGGCAUCGUGUCCAGCGCCGAGGCGCCGUUCGGAGGCGUCAAAGAGUCCGGUCUAGGUCGCGAGGGCUCCAAGUACGGCGUGGACGAGUACCUGGAGGUCAAGUACAUGUGCCUCGGGAACCUGAAUCCGUGAGGGCUCCCGGGUCACAUGACCUCUUCUCAGGUUUUAACGCCAACAUCUUAACAUGCUAACCCCGACGUCACGCAUUCCUGACAACGUGACGAUAAGCUGUGCCAAGCCCCUCCCUCAAACAGGAGCCGUCCAAUCAAACUGUUCGAUGAUGUCAUACACUGAUCAACAGCCAAUCAGAAUCGCUUCUCUGUUUCAAACAGAGUUUCUGCAGUGAAAGAAACACAAAAAGCAAUUCUUCUUUUUCAUCAAGUUGCUUUGAAUCUUUUCAAUCAUCAGACUCAAGGUAAAUCGAGCCAAACGUCUGUAAAAAGGGAAACAGGGUCUAGUGUGUCUGCAUGCGCCUCGUUUUUAGAUGAAUACAUACAGCUUUCUGAACUGGUGUAGUUCCUGAUCUUAAAGAGUUAGAAUCUGUAUUUUCAUGUAUUUCCUCAGAGCAGGAGGGGGCGUGUUCCACAUGUGACAGACAUGGCCAGGAGCCCGUCAUGUUGGUGGCUGGCAACACAAAGGGGGCGGGGCCUAAAACUCAAACAUCCUUUUGUUUGUGGAAUGAAUGAAGACACGCCCCCAAGCACAGGAUGAUUUAAAGAAAAUCAUAAAAUACAAAUUUCUGGUAAUUUAAUGAUGACAAGUGAAAAGAUAACUGAAGUUUCACAGAAACAUUUUUUUUUUCCCCAUCCUUUAAUGUUUGCUGAUGAAGCUGUUCUGUGGACACGAGGUGUAACUGUAGCUCAUGGAGCUUUCAGAGGUUUGUCAGUCUGCCUGUGGUCUGCAUGUGGUCUGCCUGUUGUGACAUCCUGUGCCAUUAGUGAACUCUGAGCUGAAACAAACCAACGUGGCUCAUGUCAAACUCUGGUGUGAUAAUCAGUGUAAUGAAGAUAUGAAACGGUACGAGGGAAUUUCAGUGUCUCCGCCCUGCUCUUACUGUCCUGUUAGAACCGUGUGGAACGUCUCCUUUAACUCAUGAGCAGGCGGGUUAAAGUUAACGAGGUCUCUUUAGCUCAUUUCAGCUCAUUUUUUUAAUUGUGUAACAUGUUGUUUGUAAAAUGGAUGUAAAAAGUAGAUUUUUGUAUUUCUGACUGUUAAUACAAAUUAAAGAUGAAAUAUUGAUAUCGAGA